AUGUUUUCUCUGAGCAGCAUGCAUCGCGUCACACCAUCACAACUCCAGCAUGCACAGAGGCUUAAAUCAUUACCCAAACAUGCUUUCUGGACUUGUCGAGGAACCUGGAAAAGAGCAGGCAUCAACACGUUUCGAUGCCUCGUGGGAUGCACGCUUGGAGAUUUUUCUGCACUGUGGGCCCUGCAAACAUACACGCCGGAUCUAGGUAUGGGCAGUAUUAUGGCUCUGUCGAUGACAUCGGGUCUGAGCACCUCCAUUAUCCUAGAAACAGCUCUUUUGUAUUGGGGCAAGGACAGGCUACCUCUCAACACAGCCUUCAACACGGCAAUGGGCAUGAGUUUCAUCUCCAUGCUAGCCAUGGAACUAGCGGAAAAUGCUGUGGACUUUCAUCUAACGGGUGGAGUUGUAGCAUUACAAGAUCCAAAGUUCUGGGGCGCUGCUAUGCUGAGUGUGGUUGCUGGUUAUUUGGUACCAUUACCCUGGAACUACUAUCAAUUGAGGAGAUGGGGGAAGGCAUGCCAUUGA